AUGAAUCAGCGUUCGACUAGCGCAAGUGACUCACCGUUAGUGAUUCACCAACAAAAUUCGACAUUUGCCA